GUGGGGUGGACGGUCCCAGGUCGGGGCGCGCGGGGGCGGAAGCGGCCGAGGCUGCGACCGCGUCGGCUGUCAGAGCUGGAGAGUGGCUGGGCGAAGCUGCCAUGGAGCGUCAACGCUGGCUGCCGCUGGAGGCCAAUCCAGAGGUCACCAACCAGUUUCUUAAACAAUUAGGUCUCCACCCUAACUGGCAGUUUGUUGACGUGUACGGGAUGGACCCCGAGCUCCUCAGCAUGGUGCCGAGGCCGGUGUGCGCAGUGCUGCUUCUCUUCCCCAUUACGGAAAAGUAUGAAAUAUUCAGAACAGAAGAGGAAGAAAAAAUAAAAUCUCAGGGACAAGAUGUCACAUCAUCAGUGUAUUUCAUGAAGCAAACGAUCAGCAAUGCCUGCGGAACCAUUGGACUGAUCCAUGCUAUUGCCAACAAUAAAGACAAGAUGCACUUUGAAUCCGGAUCGACCUUGAAAAGAUUCCUGGAGGAGUCCGUGUCGAUGAGCCCUGAAGAACGAGCCCGAUACCUGGAGAACUAUGACGCUAUUCGAGUUACUCAUGAGACCAGUGCCCAUGAAGGUCAGACUGAGUCCUCCUCGCCAUCCUCAUCACAGCCUCAUUCUAGCCACUGCAGAACGAAGGCCUCAUCAUUGUGUCACCAUGCAUCCCUGCCCUGGGGCAAACGUAGCCAUGUAGACCCUGCAAAGGCUACCAGUCCAUCUCUCCGUCUUCGUCGCUGGCGACCCUUCUUACGCCUACCAUCUAUGGGUCUCCAUUCUGUUGCACCAAGUAUAGAUGAAAAAGUAGAUCUUCAUUUUAUUGCAUUAGUUCACGUAGAUGGGCAUCUCUAUGAAUUAGAUGGACGGAAACCGUUUCCGAUUAACCAUGGCGAAACUAGUGAUGAAACGUUAUUAGAGGAUGCCAUAGAAGUUUGCAAGAAGUUUAUGGAACGUGACCCUGAUGAAUUGAGGUUCAAUGCAAUUGCUCUUUCUGCUGCAUAGUUGGUCAGCAGUGGAAACACCAGAUACUGUAUUAUUUGCAACAAAAAUUCAAUUUCUGCUGCCAUACCCUAACUCUAAUUUUUGAUAUUUUCAUUAACUUGACUGAUUAAAGUUCAUGUGAUUAAACUUUGA